AGGGUUUUACUCUCCUUUCCCCCCUUCCCGCAGCGCCGCCGCCGCCGCCACCACCACACGCUCCCCAUCUCCUCCUCCUCCUCGGAUCGGGAGGCGGAGCGAGCAAUCCCCCAAGGAAUUUGUAUUUGUAGUGUGAUUUGCAAAACUAGUCAAGAUGGUGAAGUUCACAGUAGAAGAGCUCCGCCGGAUCAUGGACAAGAAGAAUAACAUCCGUAAUAUGUCCGUCAUUGCUCAUGUGGACCAUGGGAAGUCUACACUUACGGAUUCCCUCGUGGCAGCUGCUGGGAUUAUUGCCCAGGAAGUUGCUGGUGAUGUUCGCAUGACUGAUACUCGUGCAGAUGAAGCUGAGCGUGGUAUUACGAUCAAAUCCACUGGUAUCUCUCUUUUCUAUGAGAUGAGUGAUGAGUCACUCAAGUUGUACAAGGGUGAGAGAGACGGAAAUGAGUACCUGAUCAACCUUAUUGAUUCACCUGGGCACGUUGAUUUUUCUUCGGAGGUCACUGCUGCUCUUCGGAUUACUGAUGGUGCUUUGGUGGUGGUUGAUUGUAUUGAGGGUGUCUGUGUGCAAACUGAAACUGUGCUUCGCCAAGCUCUUGGUGAGAGGAUUAGGCCUGUCCUUACUGUGAACAAGAUGGACAGGUGCUUCCUUGAGCUUCAAGUGGAAGGUGAGGAGGCCUAUCAGACCUUCUCCCGUGUCAUUGAGAAUGCCAAUGUCAUUAUGGCAACUUAUGAAGACACACUCCUUGGUGAUGUCCAAGUCUACCCUGAAAAGGGAACUGUUGCUUUCUCUGCGGGUCUGCAUGGUUGGGCUUUUACACUCUCAAGCUUUGCUAAGAUGUAUGCCUCCAAGUUUGGAGUUGAUGAAUUUAAGAUGAUGGAGAGGCUUUGGGGUGAGAACUUCUUUGACCCAGCCACAAAGAAAUGGACCAACAAGAACACCGGAUCAGCUACCUGCAAGAGAGGUUUUGUUCAGUUCUGUUAUGAGCCAAUCAAGCAAAUCAUCAACACUUGUAUGAAUGAUCAAAAGGACAAGUUGUGGCCUAUGUUGCAGAAGCUUGGUGUGGUCAUGAAGGCUGAUGAGAAGGAGCUUAUGGGCAAGGCUCUCAUGAAGCGUGUUAUGCAAACUUGGCUGCCAGCCAGUAAUGCUCUUCUUGAGAUGAUGAUAUACCACCUUCCUUCUCCGUCGAAGGCCCAGAGGUACCGUGUGGAGAAUUUGUAUGAGGGGCCUCUUGAUGAUGUCUAUGCAACUGCUAUCAGAAACUGUGAUCCAGAAGGUCCUCUUAUGCUGUAUGUUUCCAAGAUGAUUCCCGCAUCAGACAAAGGUAGAUUCUUUGCCUUUGGUCGUGUCUUCUCUGGGAGGGUCGCAACUGGCAUGAAGGUGCGUAUCAUGGGUCCCAACUAUGUCCCUGGCCAGAAGAAGGAUCUGUAUGUGAAGAGUGUCCAGCGUACUGUCAUCUGGAUGGGAAAGAAACAAGAGUCUGUUGAGGAUGUUCCCUGUGGUAACACUGUUGCUAUGGUUGGUUUGGAUCAAUUCAUCACUAAGAAUGCCACCCUGACAAACGAAAAGGAAUCUGAUGCCUGCCCAAUCAGAGCAAUGAAGUUCUCAGUGUCCCCUGUUGUGCGAGUUGCUGUUCAGUGCAAGGUUGCCUCUGAUCUUCCCAAGCUUGUUGAGGGUUUGAAGCGUCUGGCUAAGUCAGACCCUAUGGUUCUCUGUACUAUUGAGGAAUCUGGUGAGCAUAUCAUUGCUGGUGCUGGAGAGCUUCACCUUGAGAUUUGCUUAAAGGAUCUGCAGGAAGAUUUCAUGGGAGGUGCUGAAAUCAUUGUUUCCCCUCCUGUUGUUUCUUUCCGUGAGACUGUCCUUGAGAAGUCCUGCCGUACUGUCAUGAGCAAGUCCCCCAACAAGCACAACCGUCUCUACAUGGAAGCCCGCCCCUUGGAGGAGGGAUUGGCUGAGGCCAUUGACGACGGUCGUAUUGGCCCACGUGAUGAUCCCAAGGUGCGCUCCAAGAUCCUCUCUGAGGAGUUUGGCUGGGACAAGGAUCUUGCAAAGAAGAUCUGGUGUUUUGGACCUGAGACCACUGGCCCCAACAUGGUGGUUGAUAUGUGUAAGGGAGUUCAGUAUCUGAAUGAAAUCAAGGACUCUGUUGUGGCUGGUUUCCAGUGGGCAUCAAAGGAAGGUGCUCUGGCUGAGGAGAACAUGCGUGGAAUCUGCUUUGAGGUGUGCGAUGUUGUUCUCCAUGCUGAUGCAAUCCACAGAGGUGGUGGCCAGGUCAUUCCCACAGCCAGGAGGGUCAUCUAUGCUUCUCAGCUAACAGCCAAGCCUAGGUUGCUGGAGCCCGUGUACCUGGUGGAGAUCCAGGCCCCUGAGAACGCCCUUGGUGGCAUCUACGGUGUUCUGAACCAGAAGAGAGGACAUGUGUUCGAGGAGAUGCAGAGGCCUGGUACCCCUCUGUACAACAUCAAGGCUUACCUCCCUGUCAUCGAGUCCUUCGGUUUCUCCAGCCAGCUCAGGGCGGCGACAUCUGGCCAGGCCUUCCCCCAGUGUGUGUUUGACCAUUGGGACAUGAUGACCUCAGAUCCUUUGGACCCCACGUCGCAGGCUGCAACCCUGGUGCUGGAUAUCCGCAAGAGGAAGGGGCUCAAGGAGCAGAUGACCCCUCUCUCCGAGUUCGAGGACAAGCUCUAAAUUUUUGGCCGCAUGCGCUGUUGUGCCCGUUUAUUACCCUCUUUACAUGUUCUAGUAGUUUGGUCUGCUGCUAAGAGGACUGCUUUCGUUUCGUGUUUCAUUUCCCUUUGGUCGUAUGCAUGCAUGUGUUUAACAUCGACAAUCCUAUGUUAGCUGCUGCUACUGAGAAACUAUUUUUACUCUUUAUCGUGAUGUAACGGAUGUGGAACCUUACCUGGAUGGGUGUUUCUGCUGUCAAAGUUAUAGUGUUCACAUUCU